AUGGUCGAAAAAGUCUACGUCACGUACAACCAGAUCCAUAAGCUCUGCCAGAAUGCGGCGCCCAGAAUCCUCAACGAAUUCAAACCUAACCUCAUGAUCGCCAUUGGCGGAGGCGGCUAUGUCCCUGCUCGCAUUCUCAGAUCGUUCCUCAAACAACCCGGAGCACCGAACAUCCCUAUCCAAGCGAUCGGCCUCUCCCUCUACGAGCAGCUGUCCGACUCGGACGUGGUGGAAGAGCCGGGCACCAAAGUCACGCGCACGCAGUGGUUGGAUCUGUCGUCCCUGGAGAUGAAGAACCUGAUCGGCAAGAAUAUCCUGAUCGUGGACGAGGUCGACGACACCCGCACUACACUCGAAUACGCCGUCAAGGAGCUGGAGAAGGAUGUGGAAACGGCCAGGAAACAACAGGGCAGGACGGAGCCGACUAAGUUCUGCAUCUUCGUCUUGCACAACAAGGACAAGGAGAAGAAGGGUCAUCUUCCUGAAGACAUGAUCAAUGAGAACCGAUACCUGGCUGCGGUCACGGUGCCGGAUUGCUGGAUCUGCUAUCCUUGGGAGGCCACCGACAUUGAUGAGCAUGAUAGGAUGGCUGCUGAACAUGGUGUCAAAUAG